AUGUUGAUCAAAAGCUUCGUGGAGAAAUAUGCGACGAUGUGCGACCCUGAAAGCAUCCACGUGUGCGACGGGUCGGACGAAGAAUACGACAGCCUCAUCCGACUCAUGCACGAAGCGGGCACCUUGGAACCACUAUGGAAAUACGAAAACUGCUGGCUGGCGAGAACGGACCCCGCGGAUGUGGCGAGGGUGGAGAGCAAAACUUUCAUCUCCACCCCCUUGAGGAGAGACGCUGCCCCCUGCACGAAGAAGGGCCAUCAGAUGAUGCUGGGGAAAUGGAUGGCCUUGCCCCAGCUCGAGGACGAAGUCCUGAGCCGCUUUCCGGGGUGCAUGCAAGGAAAGACGAUGUUCGUGAUCCCGUUCAGCAUGGGUCCGAUCGGGUCCCCGUUGGCCAAGUACGGCGUGGAACUGACGGAUUCCCCCUACGUGGUGGCAUCCAUGCGAGUCAUGACCCGAAUGGGCCAAGCUGUGAUCGAUGCCAUCGAAGACGACGACUUCGUUCGUUGCCUCCAUUCCGUGGGGGUCCCCGAGGGGAAGCCGUGCCGAGUCUCCGCGUGGCCCUGCGACCCCGAGAGGACCAUGAUCGCCCACGUCCCCCAUCGCAACGAAAUCAUCUCCUUCGGCUCCGGAUACGGGGGGAAUUCCCUCCUCGGCAAGAAGUGCUUCGCACUUCGGAUCGGCUCCGUCAUAGCCCAGAGGGAAGGCUGGCUCGCCGAGCAUAUGUUGAUCUUGGGCAUCACGAACCCAGCGGGACAGAAGCGCUACAUAGCAGCAGCUUUCCCCAGUGCGUGCGGAAAGACGAAUUUGGCAAUGUUGGAGCCGGCGGUGCCGGGCUACAAGAUAGAAUGCGUAGGAGACGACAUUGCCUGGAUGAAAUUCGACGCCCAGGGCGUCCUUCGAGCAAUCAAUCCGGAGAAUGGGUUCUUUGGUGUUGCACCAGGGACAUCUAUGAGUACGAAUCCCAACGCCAUGAAAACGAUCAUGACUAACACGAUUUACACGAAUGUGGCGAAAACGAGCGACGGUGGAGUCUACUGGGAGGGUCUUGAGGACGAAACUCCUCCGGACGUGGAGAUCACUUCUUGGUUGGGGGAGAAAUGGACUAAGGAUUCUGGGAAGCCUGCCGCUCAUCCUAAUUCCAGGUUCUGCACACCGGCUGCCCAGUGCCCGAUCAUCGAUCCCUGCUGGGAGUCUCCAGAGGGCGUACCCAUCGACGCGAUCCUCUUCGGCGGUCGCCGACCCGAACCCGGGGGGCUGCCAUUGGUGGUGGAGGCCUUCAACUGGAGCCACGGCGGAAAAUUUAUCUGGCCUGGGUACGGAGAAAAUAUCCGAGUCUUGGAUUGGGUUAUGAAGAGAAUCGAGCGCGAGGACUGUGCAGUGGCAACUCCGAUUGGUAACAUCCCAAAGCCAGGCACCAUUAAUCUCGACGGAUUGAAGGACAAGCCAGACAUGGGUUCUUUGUUCGACAUCUCCAAAGAGUUCUGGCUCAAGGAGGCAAGUCUUAAAUUACCCUAUCAUGUUGAUAUGAUUUUUUCCUCACAGUGCGAUAGUAUCGAGACCUACUUCAACGAUCAGGUCGGAGAAGACCUGCCAGCAGGAAUCGCAGAGGAGCUGAAACAACUUCGCGAGAGGGUGCAAAAAAUGAGC